CAUUGCGUUCAAACCCCGGGCAUCAGCGAGCUCAGACCAGCGUCGGAUCCCACCGCUCUGGUUAAAUGGAGGACACCUUCCUUUUCACCUCUGAAUCUGUCAAUGAGGGGCACCCGGACAAGCUGUGUGACCAGAUCUCUGAUGCAGUUCUUGAUGCCUGCCUUGAGCAGGACCCUGACAGCAAGGUUGCCUGUGAGACAUGCACCAAGACCAACAUGGUCAUGGUAUUUGGUGAGAUCACCACCAAGGGCAGCAUUGACUAUGAGAAAAUUGUCCGUGACACCUGCCGUUCCAUUGGGUUCACAUCUGAUGAUGUAGGCCUUGAUGCUGACCACUGCAAGGUGCUUGUAAAUAUUGAGCAGCAGUCUCCUGACAUUGCCCAGGGUGUUCAUGGCCACUUCACCAAGCACCCUGAAGAGAUCGGUGCAGGUGACCAGGGGCACAUGUUUGGCUAUGCAACAGAUGAGACACCCGAGCUGAUGCCUCUCAGCCAUGUCCUCGCUACAAAGCUUGGUGCACGCCUCACUGAGGUCCGAAAAAAUGGAACUUGCCCCUGGUUGAGACCUGAUGGUAAGACCCAGGUUACAGUUGAGUACCACAAUGACCAUGGUGCCAUGGUUCCCAUUCGUGUGCACACCAUCCUCAUUUCCACCCAGCACGAUGAGACUGUCACCAAUGAUGAGAUUGCCGCUGACCUGAAGGAGCAUGUCAUCAAACCUGUCGUACCUGAGCAGUACCUCGAUGAGAAGACCAUCUUCCAUCUCAAUCCAUCUGGUCGAUUUGUCAUCGGUGGGCCUCAUGGUGAUGCUGGGCUUACCGGACGCAAGAUCAUCAUCGACACCUAUGGUGGCUGGGGAGCCCAUGGUGGUGGUGCCUUCUCUGGCAAGGACCCAACCAAGGUUGACCGCAGCGGUGCCUACAUAGCUAGGCAGGCAGCUAAGAGCAUUGUGGCAAAUGGACUUGCCCGCCGCUGUAUCGUCCAAAUCUCCUAUGCCAUAGGUGUUCCUGAGCCACUGUCUGUCUUUGUUGACACCUAUGGCACUGGCAAGAUUCCCGAUAAGGAGAUCCUGAAGAUUGUGAAGGACACCUUUGACUUCAGGCCUGGGAUGAUCACCGAUAACCUUGACCUGAAGCGGGGUGGCAACGGCAGGUUCCUCAAGACAGCAGCAUAUGGUCACUUCGGCAGGGAUGACCCAGACUUUACCUGGGAGGUGGUUAAGCCUCUCAAAUGGGAGAAGCUGGCUGCUUAGAUUACUAGAUCUUCUCAUCCUUCUAUCUCGGUGUCACAAUAACCAGAAUCUUGCUGUUGCUUCUGAUCUGCUUUCUGUUAGCUAGCUUCCCCUUUUGCUUUUAUGUUGUCUUAAUGAUUAUUGAAUCUUGGUAAUGGAAAUUUUGAAGGUUAGCCUCAGAUUACUACAUCUUGCCAUCUAUUAA